AUCAGCAGUGCCUUGUGCAGCCUGCAGCUUCCUCCCUCCUCACACUCAGCCGCAGACUCCCGCAGAGGCGCUUCUCACCUGCAGCCAGGGCUGAUUCAGCAGGGAACAUGCUGCGUGCAGUGGCCUGGGUGCCCUGGAGUUUGUGUCGUCCCAGUGCUGGGCUCUCUGUGAGGAUGCACAGCAGUGUGAGAGCCCCCAAGCGCGUCCUGGCUGACCGGGUGGCUGUGGUCACGGGGUCCACCGCCGGGAUCGGCUUGGCCAUCGCCCGGCGUCUGGCCCAGGAUGGGGCAAACGUGGUCAUCAGCAGCCGGAAGCAGCAGAAUGUGGACCGGGCGGUGGCUGCGCUGCAGGCCGAGGGGCUGAGUGUGAUGGGCACCGUGUGCCACGUGGGGAAGGCCGAAGACCGGGAACGGCUGGUGGCCACGGUCCUGGAGCGCUGGGGAGGCAUCGACUUCCUGGUGUGCAAUGCUGCUGUCAACCCUCUGGUGGGGAGCACCCUAGGGGCCAGCGAGCAGGUGUGGGACAAGAUCCUGAGCGUGAACGUGAAGUCCCCAGCUCUGCUCCUGAGCCUGCUGCUGCCCCACAUGGAGCGGAGGGGGAGCGCUGCCGUCGUCCUGGUCUCUUCCAUUUCGGCGUACAUGCCUCAAGUGGAGCUGGGAGCCUACAACAUCAGCAAGACUGCCCUGCUGGGCCUCACCAGGACCCUGGCAUUGGAGCUGGCCCCCAGGGACAUCCGGGUGAACUGCCUCGUCCCAGGGCUGAUUGAGACGGACUUCAGCAAAGUGGAUCGGGCAGCCGGAGGACUGCGCGGGACUUGUGGCUUUCCUGUGCUCCCCGGAUGCCAGCUACAUCACUGGCGAGAGCAUCGUGGUGGCCGGCUUCUCCCCUCGGCUCUGAGGGGCUGGGAGCGGCUGUGCCACCAUGGGCCUGGGCUUGGGAUGGUGGCAGCCGUGGUUGUUUGUGGGCUCACUUGUCCCAGGCUUGAGGAGGCAGAGCUCUUCUGGCACUGCCAUCCCGGUGCCUCCUGUACGUGGCCAGGGCAUUCAGUGGAUCUUGGUGUGGGGCCGUGUGGGACUGAACGGUUUGAGGGGCUGGUGCUUUGGGGGAACUUCAAGGGCAGGGAGUAGGGCUCGGGGUCUCCGCUGCUUCUCUCUGUAAUUUGUUGCUUUGAACACGUCUUUCCUAAAAUAAACUCAAA